AUGCCUUCGUACGCUAAGUUCCUAAAAGAAAUCCUAUCAAACAAAAAGAAACUCGAGGAUAAUGAAACUAUAACGCUUACCGCUGAAUGCAGCGCUAUCAUCCAAAAUAACAUGCCUCCAAAACUGAAAGACCCUGGUAGUUUCUCUAUACCCUGCGUAAUAAGAAAAACCAUCAUAGAGAAAGCCUUGUGCGAUUUAGGAGCCAGUGUUAGUUUGAUGCCUCUUUCGACCUGCAAGAAACUCAAUCUAGGUGAGCUUAAAGCAACGAGAAUGUCUCUUCAACUAGCUGACCGUUCAGUCAAAUACCCUGUAGGAAUGUUAGAAAAUAUCCCUGUUCGUGUAGGUCAAUUCUACAUCCCAACUGACUUCAUCAUUAUGGAUAUCCAAGAAGAUUCUAACAUCCCGAUCAUACUAGGAAGACCAUUUUUGGCAACCGCUGGUGCAAUUAUAGAUGUCAAGCGAGGAAAGCUUACUUUCGAAGUAGGAGAAGAGAAAAUAGAAUUUAUACUUUCCCAAUUCCUAAAAGCACCCUCUAUAGUUGACACAUGCUGCUCCGCCGACAUAAUCGACGAGUGUGUUAAGGAAAUAAAAUCCGAACCAAGUAAGGAAACCGAAAUCCUAAAAAUUCCUAUACCGCCAAUCUUUGAAGAUGACAACUGGCGUGGGGAAUAUCAAGAUAACCAUCUGAGUGAAUGUCUAGCCUUAACUCCUGAUCCUAUACCUGGACCGAAGAAGCCUGCUAUAGAACUGAAAACAUUACCUACCGAUCUUAGAUACGAAUUCCUAGACGAAGAACUAAACAAACCAGUUAUAGUAAAUGCCAACUUAGGACAAACCGAGACUAUAUUCCGUUUUUAA